AUGAACAAGAACAAAGUAAGAGAUCAAGACAAGCAGAGUGUUCCAUUUUACAAGCUGUUUAUGUUCGCCGACAAAUACGACGUCGCACUGAUGAUCAUCGGAAGUAUAGGUGCGAUCGGAAAUGGGUUAUCACAACCACUCAUGACGCUGGUCUUUGGUGGUCUUAUAAAUACUUUCGGAGCUACCGACCCGGCUCAUAUUGUCCCCACUGUUUCUCAGGUGUCUCUGAAGUUUUUGUACUUGGCUAUUGGUACAGGCGUUGCUGCAUUUUUGCAGGUCUCGUGUUGGAUGGUGACCGGGGAAAGACAAGCCACUCGAAUUCGAGGCUUGUACUUGAAAACUAUACUAAGACAAGAUAUCGGAUUUUUCGACACUCAAACAAAUACCGGAGAGAUCAUUGGGAGAAUGUCAGGUGACACCAUUCUCAUUCAAAAUGCCAUGGGAGAAAAGGUGGGGAAGUUCAUACAACUUCUUUCAACUUUUCUUGGGGGUUUUGUAAUUGCUUUUCUCAAAGGAUGGCUGCUCACAUUGGUUUUGCUAUCAUGUGUUCCCGCACUUGUCAUUGCUGGUGCACUCAUGUCUAUUGUAGUUUCGAAAAUGUCAACACGCGGGCAACGUGCUUAUGCGGAAGCUGGCGCUAUAGUUGAGCAGACUGUUGGAGCCAUUAGAACAGUUGCAUCUUUUACCGGAGAGAAGCAAGCGAUAGAUAAAUACAAUCAGAAGUUGAAAAUUGCAUACAAUAACACGGUUCAACAAGGAUUAGCCACAGGGGUUGGACUUGGUGCAUUCAUGCUUAUUGUCUUUAGCACUUACGGACUUGCCAUAUGGUACGGAUCCAAAAUGAUCAUUGAGAAAGGCUACAAUGGGGGCCAAGUCAUCAAUGUUCUAUUUGCAAUGAUGAGUGGUGGAAUGUCACUAGGACAGACAUCUCCGUCUCUCAAUGCAUUUACAGCAGGAAAAGCUGCUGCAUACAAAAUGUUUGAAACUAUCAAGCGAACACCAACAAUCGAUCCUUAUGAUACUACUGGAAUUGUGUUGGAAGAUGUUAAAGGAGAGGUCGAACUUAAAGAUGUGCAUUUUAGGUAUCCUGCUAGACCAGAUGUGCAGAUCUUUGCCGGAUUCUCGUUGCAUGUUCCGAGUGGCACAACGACUGCUUUGGUUGGGCAGAGUGGAAGUGGGAAAUCAACUGUAAUAGGCCUGGUAGAGAGGUUUUAUGAUCCAGAAGCCGGUGAAGUGUUUAUUGAUGGAGUGAAUUUGAAGAAGUUGCAUCUUAGAGCAAUAAGGGAGAGGAUUGGCCUUGUAAGUCAAGAACCAAAUCUCUUUACAACAACGAUAAGACAAAAUAUAGCAUAUGGGAAAGAAAAUGCAACUGAAGAGGAGAUUAGAAGAGCCAUGGAGCUUGCAAAUGCAGCAAAAUUCAUUGAUAAGCUGCCCGAGGGGCUCAACACAAUGAUAGGUGGGACAUCAUUAUCAGGUGGGCAAAAGCAAAGAAUUGCAAUUGCUAGAGCCAUUUUGAAGAACCCUAGAAUUUUGCUUCUUGACGAAGCAACAAGUGCUCUGGAUACUGAGUCUGAACGAAUAGUUCAAGAUGCACUUGUCAGACUGAUGUCAAAUAGGACAACUAUAGUUGUUGCUCAUCGCUUGACAACGAUCAGAAAUGCUGAUGCAAUAGCAGUGGUGCAUAAAGGGAAAAUUGUAGAAAAAGGAACUCACGACGAAUUGACCAAAGAUCCAGAAGGAGCUUAUAGCCAACUAGUUCGGCUACAGGAGGGAGCUAAAGAAAAAGAUGCAGAGUCAGAUGGUCUAGAUAAUGGUUUAGAUAUAGAUAAGACCAUGCUUAGCUUUGGCAGCCAAAGAUUAUCAACCGGGAAAUCUUUAAGCAUAGGUUCAUUAUCUCGCCGGUUGUCGUCCACUAUUAGCAGCUUUGGUACUCCUGCUCUAGUUAAUUGCCAAGUGACUGAAGUAGGAGAUGAGGGGAGCCUUGAAAAAACUAAGAUUGAUCCCGAAGAGCGUAAAACAGUUUCCAUCAAAAGGUUGGCGAUGAUGAACAAAAAUGAGCUUCCAGUUUUGCUACUUGGAGCCAUUGCAGCAGCUGGUCAUGGAGUAAUUUUUCCUGUCUUCGGUGUACUACUCUCAAAAGCGAUUAAAAUGUUCUACGAACCGCAUAGUGUGCUCAGGGAAGACUCAAAGACAUGGGCCGGAGUGUAUGUAGGGAUAGGUUGCUUUGGGAUGGUCGUCGUUCCAGUGCAGAAUUUCUUAUUUGGAGUUGCAGGUGGAAAAUUGAUAGAGCAAAUUCGGUCCUUGACAUUCCAAAAGGUUGUGCACCAACAAAUCAGUUGGUUUGAUGAUCCUGCAAAUUCAAGUGGUGCCAUUGGUGCAAGGUUGUCUUCUGAUGCUUCAACCGUAAAGGCUCUUGUUGGUGACGGCUUAGCCUUGAUUACGCAGAAUAUCGCAACCAUCAUAGCAGGGUUGGUUAUAGGUUUCACAGCUAACUGGAAAUUGGCGCUUCUGAUUUUAGGCGUGUCACCAUUAUUGAUUAUUCAAGGACUACUUCAGACAAAAUUUCUUAAAGGGUUUAGUGGAGACGCCAAGGCUAUGUAUGAAGAAGCAAGUCAAGUUGCAAAUGAUGCAAUUGGUAGCAUUCGAACUGUUGCGUCAUUUUGUUCUGAAAAGAAAGUGAUGGAUGCUUAUGAGAAGAAGUGUGAGGGUCCUAUGAAGCAAGGAGUACGAUUAGGAGUAGUGAGUGGUGUAGGUUUUGGCUUCUCUUUCUUUGUAAUGUUCUGCACCAAUGCACUAAUUUUCUACAUUGGAGCUAUUCUUGUGAAAAAUGGCCAAGCUAAAUUUGACCAAGUAUUCAUGGUGUUCUUUGCUUUGACAAUCUCAGCAGUUGGAGUUUCAGAAUCUAGUGGUAUGGCUCCUGACUCCAACAAAGCAAAAGACUCAGCAGCUUCAAUAUUUAAGAUUCUUGACAGUAAGCCUGAGAUCGACUCGAGCAGCGAUGAAGGCUUAACACUACCGAGCGUUAGUGGAAAAAUUGAUCUCGAACAUGUCAGCUUCAAGUAUCCCACAAGGCCGGAUGUGCAGAUAUUUAGAGACAUUUGCUUGAGUAUCCCCUCUGGAAAGACUGUUGCUUUGGUUGGAGAGAGUGGCAGUGGGAAGUCGACAGUGAUUGGCCUCAUAGAGCGAUUCUAUAACCCCGACUCGGGUCGUGUACUAUUAGAUGGAGUUGAAAUCAAUAAGUUCAAGAUAAACUGGCUGAGGCAGCAAAUAGGUUUGGUUGGUCAAGAACCAAUUCUCUUUAACGAAUCCAUUCGAACUAACAUUGCUUAUGGCAAGCGAGGAGAUGUAACUGAAGAAGAGAUCAUUGCAGCCACAAAAGCAUCAAAUGCUCACAACUUCAUUUCUUCACUGCCUCAAGGCUAUGACACCUCUGUUGGAGAACGAGGGGUUCAGUUAUCUGGAGGGCAGAAACAAAGAAUAGCCAUUGCAAUGGCUAUCUUAAAAGACCCUAGAAUUCUUUUACUCGAUGAAGCUACAAGUGCAUUGGAUGCAGAGUCAGAACGCAUUGUACAAGAUGCUUUGGAUAGAGUGAUGGUGAAUAGAACAACUGUUGUCGUUGCCCACCGCCUUACCACAAUUAAAGGCGCAGACAUGAUAGCUGUGGUCAAGAACGGCGUGAUUGCUGAGAAAGGUAGCCAUGAUGUUCUAAUGAAGAUCACCGAUGGUGCUUAUGCUUCUUUGGUGGCACUCCAUUCAAGCUCAACAUGA